AGAGCACUAAUAAAGAUAAAAAAAAUGCUAUAAAUGCACGUGCCUACGUUGAUUUUAAUGAUUAACCACAUUAUUAACAGUUAUUAGUUCGGGUUUAAAAAUGCGUGUGUUUAUUAUUCUUUGUGCUCUUCUAGGCCCAGCCUUAGCUAUGCCUCAGAACCCGAAUCGCAUCGUUGGUGGCUCCCCUACUAACAUCCAGACUUACCCUUACAUGUCAAAUAUGCAGUUCAGAGUUUUUGGCAUUUUUUGGUCACAAGCUUGUGGAGGUUCCUUGCUUACCCCCGCGGCUGUACUAUCUGCAGCACACUGCUUUUAUGGCGACCUUCCAUCACAAUGGCGUGUAAUCCUCGGGAGUUCGCUGUCAAACAAUGGCGGCACUACCCAUGCUGUCAGCCAGCUAGUAUUGCACCCACAAUACUCACAUGCUGUCUUAGAAAAUGACGUGGCCAUCGUACGUCUUAACAACGCCGCCGUAUAUUCCAUCAAUGUCCAACCUGCCAGAAUAGCUGGUGCCAAUUAUAACCUCGCCGAUGGCACCACUGUCACACAUAUUGGAUGGGGCACACUUUGGUCUAACGGCCCAUCUUCCCAACAACUCAUGCAUGUUGAUGUGGAAAUCAUAAACCAGAAGCUGUGUGCUGAGCGCUAUGCCUAUCUGAAGAACCAACCAGGCUUCGGGGGCUGGCCUGACGUCACCGACAACAUGCUAUGCGCCGGUAUCUUGGAUGUCGGGGGCAAGGACGCCUGCCAGGGAGACUCUGGUGGUCCUCUCGCUCACAAUAAGGAUGUCAUCGUUGGUGUAACGUCGUGGGGAUUUGAAUGUGCUCAUCCAUUUUACCCUGGUGUCAAUGCUCGUAUUUCAAGAUACACUAGUUGGAUAACUGCUACGGUCAACUUGUAAAUUGAGAAAUUGAUAACAUAAUAUUGUUGUGACAAUAACUAUUACAUGGUCUAGGAAUAAAAUAAUGUUUAUGUAAUUAUGUUACCUAACUAUUAACACUUCUACUGCAUAUUUGAUAUUGGAUUACAGUUACUGUAAGGAGCUGAGUAAAUAGUUAUUUAUCUACCUA